AUGUCUGAGAACGCAUCCGGUCGGGGAGAAGCGCCCCCAGCUAUCCCUCUUAGUCUAUUGUCUCAUGGUCACGGGCUAAUUGACAGCGGCUCAGUAGCAAGCAACACACCUCUUGCUAGGGAUACUUCUGUUCCGCCUGAUUGUGGUGGUGAUAACCCAGAAGCCCCAGCACGAUUUGAAAUAACCCACGAAGGUGAAACAGAAGCAACUCAACUUCCUAUCCACACAGUUCGCCGUAAGCUUAGAGGCAUUCACAUCUUUAUGAUUGCUGUGAACGGUACCCUUGGCACAGGUCUUUACGUGCGAAGCGGUCAGAUCCUCGAGCUUGGAGGACCCUUGGCUGUUAUAUUCUCCUUCCUCUUCCUCGGAAUCUUGACUUGGCCGGUGAUGCAAUGCAUCGCUGAACUUCUAUGUCUAUGGCCCGUUCCAGGAGCAGUCCCCCUGUUUGUAGGAAAGUUUGUCGACAAAGAACUUGGAGAUACUGUUGGCGUUGCGUAUUGGUAUACAUACUCUAUAGGAUUCGCCGCCCUGAUCGCCACUUCUGCCAGUGUCCUCAAUUACUGGACCGCAGGAAUAAGCGGAUUUAGUGAGGGGUUUGCCUAUGUUGCGCUCCCAUUGAUUCUCGUGAUAAUAAAUUCUGUCAAGGUUGAGAUCUACGGCUGGAUUGAAGUCAUCACCGGAGUCAUCAAACUCAUUUUCUUGGCUAUUAUUAUCAUCUGCCUUCCUAUUGCCAUAUUCAGGUUUCCCAGAAAGGGGGGAAAUGGUUCCAAAUCAACAGAUGAAGCGCUUAACAGCACGAGGUCAAGUUGGAACACCCCCUUCAGCAAAUACAAUGACAAGGCCGCCGAUAAUUGGUUCGAAGCGUUUAUGAUGUGUCUGUCGCUUGCUAUCUUUGCGUACGCCGGGAUCGAGAACAUUGCUGUCUCCGUCAUCGAAGCACGUUGGCCUUCUCAGCCAGCAACACAAGUCUCGAGCAGAGAAUCUUCAGGGAUAUUUACGACUCAGGCUUCAGGAUCGCCACCAAGGGACGCCUCACCCCAGAAGCACAACUCGGCUCGAAAUUACGUCAAACAAACAAUUGGGUUCACAGCAUUUGUUUUACCCAUACUAGUAGCUUCUGCGUACACCAUCAGUGGAUUAUUCGUGUCUCUAGGUCUAAAAAGGGACGACUGCGGUCUUCAGAGGUUGAGCUGGCUGAAGGACGAAGAUUGCGGGAAGCCCGAGACUGACAAGGAGGGCUUCACGUUCUCGCCUUUUAUUCUAAUCGCAAAAGCGUCGACCAUUCCCAAUCUUGACCACGUUUUAAACGCUUUUAUCCUGUUUACUGCACUCACGUGUGCUAAUACUAAUCUAUAUGUCGCUUCUAGGACACUUUUCGGUAUCACGCGGAACAUCCGCUCCAGUGAUUCGAUGCCAGCAGCUUUGGCCUGGUUUGGUGUUACGGAUCGCAACAGAGUACCACUACGGGCGAUGGUCAUCACUGCAUUUGCUUUCUUUUGGGUGCCGUUUCUCCAAGGAACGAAAAAUAUCCAUACUGGCUCGGAUGCUGGCAAGUUUCUUGACAUUCUUGUCCAGAUGGGCUCCGUCAGCAUCAUCAUUAUCUGGGCUUUUUUAUGCUUGGCAUAUAUCCGAUACCAUCACUGCAUUCGUGAGUUUCGCGACGAGCUAGCCGAGGAUGGCAUACGCCUAGCGGACGAUCGUGAAGCUGAAUCCGAUACUUAUCCUUAUCAAAACCACUGGCAGCCAGUCCUUGCGUACGGCGCGCUCGGAACCUGUCUUUUUAUACUAAUUGUUUGCAAUGGGGUUUUCUUGUGGAACGGGUUCCAUGUCUUCCCGUUCUUGAUGGGGUAUCUGACGACUAUUUGUUUCUUCGGAUUUUGGGUGAUAUUGAAACUAUAUAAGAGGGCAUGGUCACCUUGGAAUACGCUUGAUGCCAAGGCCAUCAAGGAUUUAAUAAAGCAGCUGAAUGAUCUGCGAGAUAGAUCCUUGGAACAGCCUGAGGAUGAUUCAGAGAUCACUCGGUGGAAUUGGAUCCGGAAGGCAAUUGGGAAGGAUAGAUCUGGUCAUACUGGGGCAAGAUGA